AUGCGCACAAUUUGCCAUUUCUUCUCUCUGCGAUAUCUCGCCAUUUUGCUCGUCUCCAUUAGUGCUUCAACAACUGCCUAUGUUAUACCCCUCCAGUUGGACUACACGGCGCUUGAUCGCCGUGCGACUCGUGCCUCCAAGACUAUCAACAUUGAUGGCAAUGUGGCAGAGCUAGGUGAACAGCUAAGUCCACCAGACCACGGCAAGUCAACAGUUUGGCGUCUCAAGAAUUGGAACGGUAAAGCCAGCCCAGGGUAUGUCCUCAAGGAGACAGCAGUAAAACAGCCAAGAUCGGCCAUGAAAGUCCUGGUCAUGAAGGAAGUAAGAGGGAAAAUGUUGGCCAAGAUGGCGGAAGAUUUGACCCCGGACCGCGAGAAGUGGAAGAGAUUCAUGAGUGAGUGGAAGCCAAAAGUUGCAGCAGCAGCAGCUGCUAUUGCAAAGUCCAAGAACAUGUACCACAUGGAUCUGAAUAUGAGCAAUAUCGUCGUAGAUGGCUCUAAGAUACAAUUUAUCGACUGGGAGCUUUACUGGGACCGGGGUCAGGCUGGCUUCACAGAUGACAAGGAGAAGAUUGAAAGGGACUUGCAGACCGUUUGGGAUACACCCAAUAAAUUCCCUAAGUCUAACAGCCCUAGUGCCUCUGUGCCAAGAAGUCAGGGUCUCCAAAGCGUAGAAGCCCUCAUCGUCGGGAGGUCUUCCAUAAUUGAGGGGAGCGUUCUGUUCAUGACCAGACUCAUCACGUCCAUCGAAACAUUUGAUGGUGAUCUUUACUUUGCCACAUAA